AAACUGGUGGUUAACCUUUAAUUUGGAUGUGAAUGUAUGAUUGGAUUAUCAUGUCCAUGUUACUGAUAAACUUCACAAGAUUGAUCUAAAGAUGUUUAUUGCAAUUGAUCUCAGGAACAUCUUUGAUGUCAUCACCAAACAACAUGAUUAUGCCUUCCAACAAUAUUUCUCAUGGUAUGUUCUUCACAAAUUCCUCUCUGGUUUCACUAAAACAAUUUAUUGAAGAUAGUCAAUGUCUCCCACAAGGUCCUAGGGAUUAUUACAAUUUGGCAAAGAGGGACUCAUUAUUAUGCCCUUCAAGGGAAUGAAACAUUGCCAAACAGGGAUUUGUAUGCCUCCCAAGAAACUUUUGGCCAAGAGGUUUUUAUUACCAUGUUCAAAUUCACCGUUAUAUAUGUUUUAAAUUCCUUUUCAGGUAAUGUUGACAUUGUUCCUGAGCAUAUGCCGAGAUGGAACAUCACAUUGAUGGAUCUUUAUGUUUUUCUAUUGUUACAAUCAUACAUGAACUAUGCCGAAGUUCCAAUUGGCCAUCGUCGAAGACUAGAGGAACCGGUACCUAGAGACCCUGAAGCUCCAAGGACAUUGGAAGAUGAAGUUGAAGUUCAAGCUCCUAGGACAGAGGAAGUUGAACGUCUUGAGGCAGGAUUUUCCAUUAACAAAACAUUUUUCUUUGUCAGUAACUUUUUGUCUUCUACAGCUUCCGGCGGGAUCUUUGCCUUCUUGCAAAUGAGCAAAGAAAAAGCUAAACCAACAUUGAAGCACAUCUACAUUGCUUGCAGUGUAUGCUUGGCCACAUCAAUCGUUGUUGUGGUUGCAGGUGUGGCACUCAUUUUGAUCCCUUGGAAGUCUGGUUUGAAGUCUCUGAUACUCAAAUUAGCUACUUGUGCCACUUUGGUUCUUUUCAUGUCAGAUUCAUUCUUGGCAAUAAUAGCUUUCAAUAUUGGAAGUUGAUGGCCAAGAUCAUACUAUGUACCCCUGGUGUUCCAAGACAGUCAUAUGGAUUAUUGAAUAUAUGCAUUUGGUAGAAUCAAUGGUGCAUUAUGUAUAGAUGAAUUGUACAUUUUUUUUUUUAAUGUAACUUGUGUAUAAGUGAAAAUUGGAGAAUUUCA